AUGUUAAAUUUCCCUUAUGCUUGUGAAGAUGUGUAUUCAUUUGAAAACUAAGAGGAGCUAAUAAAAGCUAUAGAUUUUGAUUAAAUUGGAUAAAUUUAUGUAGAUUAAGAUAAUAAAUCUAUUACUUAUAAAAUGGAUCGAUCUAAAAGUUUAAGAUUAAGUGAUUUAAUAUUUUGGAUUGUAAUUAAUAUAUAUUUUACACUUAUUAGGAAUCAGAUUUUGUUCGCAUUCAUUUAGGACAAUUAUUGCAUUUAAUUUCUAAUUUGUUAUAAAAAGUAUAAUUUUUAGAAUCUAAAGGUAUUGAACACAAUUAUCUCGAUUUAAAUAGAAUUUGGCUUUAAAUAAAAUAAAAUAGUUAAUAUCCAUGUCUUAUUUAUUAAUUUUUAUAUUAUUCUCUUCAUUUUAUAGGAUAUUAAUGCCCAUUUUAUGAAAAAUAAAAUAGUUAAUAUAUGUUAAAAGCUUCACUUAGAAUUAAUGAAAUUAUUUAAAUCAUUAUUAAUAAAUGUUUCAAUCAAAUUCGUUUAAAAUCGAAAAAUACUUAAAAAAGAAAUGAAAUAUUUAAAGAAAUAUUGUAACCCAUAAUUGAUUUAUGCAAAUCAAAUUCAACUUCUAAUUAAAUCAUUGCAUUCAUUUAAGAAAAAUUAAAAAAAUAUAAUUAUUAAGAUGAUAUGAAAAAUAAAUUGGUAUAAUCAUUAAUUAUAGAUGAUAAUAGUAAUGAUUAUAUUCAAUCUCAACGACAUAGUAUAAUUGAAAAUGUUAACAAAGAUUUAAAAUAAAUUAUUGAAUUGGUAGGAAAUAUGGAUAGAUUGUAAUUGAACAUCUAUUAGUAUAUAAUAUUCCACUCAUAAGCAAACAUUUAAAAUCUUAUUAAAAAAUUAAAUUUGAAUAUUAAAGUUAAGCAUAGGAAUUAUAUAGAUUAUUAUAAAAAAGAGAAUUACAACUAAAAUAUAAAAUUAAUGAACUAGUUUAAAUAUCAAUGAAAUCUUCUUUGUAAGAAUAUGAAAAAUAAUUUAAAUUUGAAAUAACUGAAAAUGAAAUCUAAUUAAUUGAAUAAGAGAUUUUUGAUUAGAUUAUUAAAUCUAAAUAUGUUAAAUAUUUCAAUAAUACAUUUUGGUUAUAUUUCAAUAAUGAAGAAUUCAAAAAUUAAAUUUAUGCAGCUAUUUCAAAAAGCCUAAUUGCAUCUAUAUAAGAUAAAUUAAAAAUCUUCUUUAUGUACAAAAUACUUUAAUUGAUUGAUGAUUUGAUAUGA